AUGAAUUAUAGCAGAACAUUUUAGACAAUGAAUCAAUAAGGAUAAUAAUAAACCAUUUAGACAACAUCAUAUAAUGAAACCUAACAAAUAAGAUAUAAGGAAGAAAGCUUUUAAGUGGCUCCUCAAUAAGCCAAUUGGUCUUCAACCUAGUUGCUUGGGAAAGUAGAUGACAAAGAUUUCAUGGUGGUACAACGCACUAAAACUUACGAGAAGUCAGAAGCAGAAAGACAACAUCAUUAUGAAGAGUUGAUCUAAGAUAAUUUAAGAAUGAGAGAAGUCAUUGAGUAAUUAAAGAGGGAAGUAGCCACUUACAAAUCAAGUUCAAGCUCUGAUGUAACCAUUCUCAGAAAAGAACUGUUAAUCACGUAAUAGGAAUUGGAAGCCACUCAGAAGGAAUUAAUGAUGUUACGAAGUGAAAGUGAGUUAAAGAGCAGAACAGAAAUAGAGAAGUUAAUGAUUGAGAUAGAGUCAUGGAAACGCAAAUACUCAGAACUUGAACAAAAAGAUAAAGAUAAUGCUGAAUAAUUAAAACAGCUAGCGUAUUAUUAAAAUAAAUUGAAAUUAUUUGAAUUAGAAGCAAAGAAGAAAUUUGAGAAGUAUCAAAGUGUUGAUUUAAUAUCCUAACAAUUAAGUGAUUAGGAAUCAUUGAUUGAAGAGUUGCGAUUAGAAAUUCAAAGGUGGAAAGAAAAAUAUGAUGCUGUUAUUUUGGAAAGCCAAGAAAUAAGAGUGAAAUUAUCGUAGAAUGAUAGAGUCAAUUCAUUAGAAGCUGAUAUAGAAGCAUUAAUUCAUGAAUUGGGAGUAUGGAAGGAUAGAUGUAAAGUAUUAGAAGCACGUCAAUAAACAUCAGAUGAAUCUAAGUUAUUAGCUAGAAUUGAUUAAUUGAAUCGUUUAUUAGGAGAAAAAGAGUAGGAAAUGCAAAGGACUCGUCUCACUAUGACUUAGUAAAUGACUUAGUAGAUGAGUUUAUAAUAAUCAUCCAAAAUGUCUCAAUAAUAACAACAAAUUGCUAAUUAUGAAAGUGAAUUAGAUCAAUUGAGAAGGUAAUUGGAAGCAGCACAAUCUAAAAUUGAACAAUAAAAUUAGGAAAUGGAAGGAUUCAGAUUAUCAGCUAAUGUGUUUAAUUCAGAAAGAUUUGAGGAAAUAGAAGAAUAAAAGUGGAAAUUGGAGAUUUAAAUUGAAGAAUUAGAAAAAGAUUGUGAUACAUUUAUGUUGAGAAUCAAAGAACUUGAAGAAACAUAUUCAGAAUUAUCAAUUAAAUACAAUGAACAAAAUGCAAAUUAUCUUAGAUACAAAGAUAUUGUAGAAUCAAAUUCUUCAAAAUAUAAGAGUGUUGAAAACUUAUCUAAGGAGUUGUAAAAUAUUUAACAAGAACUAGAAGUUUGGAAGAAUCGUUACUUUUAGACUGAAAUUAGGUUGAAGGAAUAUGAUCAAUUGAGAAUUGAAUAUGAUGCUUUGAUCAAGUAGGGAAAUAAAUCUGUUACUAAUAUAACAACUAUUAACAUUGAGAAUGAUAUUCAAUACCUCUCUUUAAAAAGAGAAAGAGAUAACUUUUAGAGAUAAGUAUAAGAAUUAGAAAUGAAAGUCAGAGAGUUGUAAACAACUUCUAUUAGAAAUUCAUAGGAUGAUGCUUUAAGAAGAGAGAGAGACAAUUACUAUAGAUAAAUUUAGGAAUUAGAAUUAAGAAUCAAAGAAUUAUAAUCUCAAUAAUUCCAAUCAUAAUCGCUUAAAUUUAGUUAUGAUGACUCAAAAGUUAGAGAUUUGGAAGCAAAACUUAAAGAACAACAGAAUAAAAUAUCAAUUUACGAAACUAGAAUUAGGGAAUUUGAAAUAAGAACUAAGGAAUAUGAAACAAGGAAUACCCAAUCAUUAAUUGAAAAAACUGUUGUACUUACAGAUGAACCUAAGAUUAAAGAACUCACUGAUAUUAUUUAACAAAAGAAUCAAAAAAUAAUUGAAUUAGAAAUGACUUUAAAUUCUAAUUCAAGUUCUGUUAAUACAAAUACUGUUUUAGUAAUUAAGGAAUAAGUAAGAACAAAAGAAUUAAGAAUAAGAGAACUGGAAGCUUAAAUUGAAACUCUCUAAUUAGAAAUUGAAAGAUUAUAAAAUCUAAAGAGAGACCAAGAAGUCAGAAUAAACAACAUGAUUUAGAAGAUUACUGAAUAUGAAUCUCAAAUCAAUAUUCUAGAAGAAGUAAAAUUAAGAUAAUCCAAAAAAUUACCAUAAUAACAAUAACAAAUCACAACAUCAACCACUCUAAUUCAAUAGCAAUAGCCUAUCGUUUAAACUACAAGCUAUGUUUAAAAGAGUACAACUUCUAAUGUUUAUUAAUCUUCAACAUAAAAUCUACCGUCGCCCACUCCCAUUUCUUAGAAUUAUUAAUUUUAGCCUUUGUAGAACAGUACAACAACAACAACAAAGUAGGUGAUUAUCACUAAUAAUCUUGAGAAAAAUUUAUAUCCAAAAGAAGAUAAUGUGUCAUCAUAAAUUAUUGAUAGAGUUGGAUCUAGAGACUAUACCAGUUAUUAAGCUCCUUAAAUAAUUGUAUCGUAAUACAAACCCACAAAUUGA